UGGAAAUGGCGGAAUCCAACUUUUGCGGAGCUCCUCUGAUUUUUCUACUACUUUUGACCUCAUCUCUAAUGGUGGUGUUAGUGGAGUCCGCCAUUGGUGUAAACUGGGGGACUGUCUCUACUCACAGGCUAGCUCCGUCCAUUGUCGUCGAUCUACUCAAGGAAAACAAGAUACACAAAGUAAAACUUUUUGAUGCAGACCCAGAUGCUCUUUCUGCUCUCAAGGGAACUCAGAUUGAGGUUAUGGUGGGCAUUCCGAACGAGUUCUUGUCCAUCUUAAGUUCUUCACCGAAUGUUGCAGAUUUCUGGGUUCGUCAGAAUAUUUCCAAAUACAUAGUUAAAGGCGGUGUUAAUAUCAGGUACAUCGCAGUUGGGAAUGAACCAUUCCUCACCAGCUAUUCGGGUCAAUUUCUAUCCAAUGUUGUUCCGGCUCUGCUCAAUCUACAGCAGUCAUUGGUGAAAGCAAAUCUAGCAAACUUUGUAAAGCUAGUAGUCCCUUGCAAUGCUGAUGCAUAUGAAUCUUCCCUUCCUUCUCAAGGAGCAUUCCGCCCUGAACUGACCCAAAUCAUGAUUGAACUUGUUUCCUUCCUCAACUCAAAUGGCUCCCCCUUUGUUGUCAACAUCUACCCCUUUCUAAGCCUCUAUGGAAACUCGGAUUUCCCACAAGACUACGCCUUUUUUGAUGGCACAUCUCACUCUGUCACAGAUGGGCAAAAUGUGUAUUCUAAUGCUUUUGAUGGCAAUUACGACACACUAGUAGCUGCACUUAACAGAAUUGGAUAUGGUCAGAUGCCCAUAGUCAUUGGUGAGAUUGGCUGGCCGACAGAUGGAGUUCUGAGUGCAAAUCUCGCUGCUGCAAGGGCAUUCAACCAGGGCCUCAUAAAUCAUGUCCUGAGUAACAAAGGAACCCCUCUCAGACCAGGUGUUCCACCCAUGGAUGUUUAUCUCUUCGGCCUUCUUGAUGAAGGUGCAAAGAGCGUACUUCCUGGGAACUUUGAGAGGCACUGGGGCAUAUUCUCCUUUGAUGGUCAGGCUAAGUAUCGUCUGAAACUUGGCUUGGACGGUGGAUUAUUGAAGAAUGCGAAGGAUGUUCAGUACUUUCCAUCUAGGUGGUGUGUUGCAAACCCGUCAAAGGAUCUUUCAGGCAUGGCCAACCAUUUCAAACUUGCUUGCAGCGUUGCAGAUUGCACCACACUCAAUUAUGGAGGAUCAUGCAAUGGACUUGGAGCUAAAGGGAACAUCUCAUAUGCUUUCAACAGUUAUUAUCAACUGCAAAAGCAGAAUGCACGUAGUUGUGAUUUUGAUGGGCUUGGUAUGGUUACUUUUCUUGAUCCUUCAGUUGGUAACUGCAGGUUCCUUGUUGCGGUCAGUGACAAAAGUUCAGGUGUCGGUCUACAUCUUAAAUAUUUCUCUGCCUGGGUAAUGUUAUUGUGGGUAUCUAUGUUUCUAAGACUUUUCGGUUCUCUGUGAUGUGAAAUGGUUUCACAAGUGGGUGUUCUCAUGGCACCCUGUUAUUAAACCAGUCUGAGUUACUACAUUAUACGUGUAAUACAAAUAGAGAUGAAAAAGAACUAUGUAUAAAUACAGUUAUUAGAUUAGGAAGUAGUUGAACUUCAUUUUAG